CCACAAAAAGGCCACUUCACCGCGUACGUGGGGGCGAGCUCAGGAAGCAACCCGCGAUUCCCCCCUCCUCUUCUUCUUCUGCCCGUGAAGUUCCGAUCGAGCCGGAUCCGCGAGGCAGGCACCACCCGAUCGCCGCGUUUCGGGAGGGAGCUUCCGGGGGAGGCCGCGGAUGAUGGAGCCGUACACCACCGGCGGCUUGGGAGGGUCGAUGCUGAGGCGGAGGCCGCCGCAGGGCUCGUUUGGAUCAUCCAACCCAGACAACUACGACCGGCGCGAGCGCCAACGCCUGGGGCUCCCAUGGUCGCCUCCUGGCUGGGACGCCGCCUGGGAGCGCGCCCGGGACCGGGACGCUGCCACAGCGGCCCGGGGAGCCAGGCUGCCGGAGCGGCCCGGGGAGCCGGACUGCGCCUACUACGUCAACUUCGGCUUAUGCCGCCUCGGGGAGCGCUGCAAGCUCAACCACCCGCGCGAUCGCGCGUCCUUGCUGGUUGGCGACCUUGUCGUGGACGGGGGAGGCCGCGCCUCGGCGUGGAUAUGGAAGCGUGGAGCGGCCAAGCUGCCGGAGCGGCCGCUCCGGCCGGGGGAGCCGGACUGCGACUACUAUCUCAAGUUUGGCACCUGCCGCCUCGGGGAGCACUGCAACUUCAACCACCCGCUUGAUCGCAUAUACGCUGAAGAUCCUCUGCAACACCCUGCAGGCUCCGGAAGCAGCAGUUCACUACCAGAGUCUGUGGCACCAUCUAGGCUCAUCGCUCAGGAAGAUCCUUCAUUGUCUCUGCAACACCGUGCUGACUCUGGAAGCAGCAAUUCACAGCAAGAGGCUGUGCUACAUGUUGACGAUGCAGGGCUUUCACCAUCUAGGCCCGCAUAUGAUGAGGACGAGGCGGCAGAGCCCUUACUACUUCUUGAGCACCCUGCUGACUCUGGAAGCAACAAUCAAGAGCAAGAGGAUGCGGUAGAUGUUGGUGCAGGCAUUUCAUUGCAGCCAGAGCCUUCACUACCGCUGCAGCACCCUGCUGACUCUGGAAUCAUCAAUCCGGAGCUCGAGGUUGCGGUAGAUGUUUGUGCAGAUGUUUCAUUGGAGGCACAUCCAUUCCUACCGCUGCAGUAUCCUGCUGACCGUGGAAGAAAUGAUUCAUUGCCAGAGGUUGCAGUAGCCGUUGAUGCAGAGCUUUCAGCGUCUACGUCCACCGCUCAGCAUGUCGAGGACGACGUCCACGGCACUCCAGACGAUCAGAUCAAGGAGCAGCAGAACCGUUGCACCAAGUACUCAAAGAAGGUCCUCAUGUUCGCCAUCAUCACGUUUAUUGAUUACGCAGUUUCCAUAUCAUCCACCAGAUAUACGGUCCUCACCAAGGCCUCCAUGGCAGCCUUGUUUGUGGCCAUCUGCUCUGACCUCUUCUCGUUGAAGAUGAAGCCAAAGUGGUGCACCUUGGUCUAUGUCUCGUGCUUCCAUCUGGUGCUGAUGACAACUCUCAUUUUCGUCUCGCUGAACAAGGACUACGCCUACGCCGUUCUCAUCGUGCCGCUAAUGAUCGGCGCGCCCCUCCUCCAGCGCAAGCUAUGGCCUCAAGAGCGUCAACAAAGCACCAGCGAUGACAGAGCUGAUGAAAAACUCGACGACAUGUUCAACCUAGCAGCUCUAAUCCUCAACGGGGGCAGCCUUACCAUCGCUCUCAUUUCUAUUGUCAGGCGCUUCAUUUCAGGUCCGGGGAAUUACAGAACAGGCUGCGCCGCAGGGUUCUUGUUAUUCUUCACCGUCGUUGUUGGGCUAUACCUGAUGAUGGUUACAACUGUGAGACAUGCAGCGCUCACUCUCCAUGCCAAGUACCUCCACAACCUGUUCAUUGUCCUGGUCGUCGGUACCCUUAUCACUACCUUGGGCCCUAUUUGGUUCCACUAGAGAUUCCUCCAAGCUGGUGAUUCUUAAUAGCUAGAUUAUUCUUAAUAUAUAGCUAGAUUAUGAUCUGGUCUACAUAUUUGAAGUAGUUGAGGUAAAAGCUGAUGUGUUUGGAUUAUUUACAGUUAUUUUUUGCCAAUUAUUAUUUGACUAUUUGGGUGCC